AUGUCUAGAGCUAAAAGAAUCAUGAAAGAGAUGCAGGCUGUCAAAGAUGACCCUGCAGCUAAUAUUACAUUAGAUUUUGUAAACGAAUCUGAUAUCCAUCAUUUAAAAGGGUCCUUCUUGGGUCCCCCAGGUACUCCAUACGAAGGUGGAAGAUUCAUGAUUGAUAUUGAAGUACCAAUGGAAUAUCCUUUUAAACCACCAAAGAUGAAAUUCGAUACUAAAGUUUACCAUCCAAAUAUUUCUUCUGUUACAGGUGCUAUUUGUUUAGAUAUUCUAAAAAAUGCUUGGUCUCCUGUAAUUACAUUAAAAUCUGCAUUAAUAUCAUUACAGGCCCUUUUACAAUCUCCAGAACCAAAUGACCCUCAAGAUGCUGAAGUGGCUCAACAUUAUCUAAAGGAUAAGGAAGGAUUUAACAAGACUGCCAGAUUAUGGACACAGACCUAUGCUUCUGAAGGUGGUAAUAUUAAAGGUAAUGUUGAAGAAGCUAAUUUAUAUGGCAUUGACAAAGACUUAAUUGAAGAAUUCGAAAGUCAAGGGUUUGAAAAGGAUAAGAUUGUAGAAGUUUUAAGAAGAUUAGGUGUCAAACAAUUAGAUCCAAAUGAUAGCGUAACUGUCAAUAAGAUUGUCGAAGAAUUACUGAGAUAA